CUUUCACAAAAGAAUGGGUAAGGUUGAUCAGCAAAUUCUUCCUUUCUAUACUCAUCCUUGUGCCAUGAGUAAUGAGGAGGAGUUCAACUUAGCUGAAUCUAUUAAGAUAUUUUUGCCUUUAACCAAAGAAGUUAGGGUUUUGGUUGUUGAUGGUGAUGCUGCAUGUCUUACUCUAGUUUCAAAAAUGCUCCUCAUCUUUGGUUAUAAAGUUUUGACUGCUACAACAGCAGCUGAUGCAUUUUCCAUCAUCAAAGAGAAAGAAGAUGAACUCAAACUUAUUCUGGCAGAGGUUCAUUUGCCAGACAUGAAUAGAUAUGAGUUCAUUGAGAAAGUGACACAAGUUUCCAAAUUGCCUCUUGUCAUUAUGUCUGAUGAUGAUGAUGACAUUUCAAUGUUGGGUGGACUGUUCAAAGGGGCUACAUUCUAUCUUGUCAAGCCAGUGACAUUGAACAAUAUGAAAAACCUUUGGCAGUUUGCUUACAUGAACAAUAAAGAUUUACUACAAUUUUCAGACAGUGGGGAGGAGAACAACAAUAAUAUUGUUCAGAUUGAAUCACAAGGGGAGAAUGCUGCUGCAGAUGACGAGGUUAGCAAGGACAAAAGAAAGAGGGAGGAAGAGAUCAGCGACAACAAAGACGAGGAGAUCAAUGAAGAUAAUGAUGACUCAAAAGCUCCAAAGAAGGCAAAGCUAGUUUGGAGUGAUGAACUGCAUACCAAGUUCUUGCAAGCUGUUAAUGCAUUAGGAAUUGAGGAUGCACAUCCAAAGACCAUACUUCAGCAUAUGAAUGUCCCUGGAUUGGCAAAAGAAAAUAUUUCAGGCCAUUUGCAGAAAUAUCGAAUCUCCUUGAAACGGGAACAAGAUGCGAUAAUGCUGAAGAGCAUGAGUAGAGAUUGUUUUGAUGAACCAGGUUUUGCAUCAUUCUCUUGUUCAUCAUCGUCACGAAUAUUUAAUUUACAAGAAGGAACAUUUGUCCAAUUCCCAAACCACUAUUUCUCAUCAACAACAACUUCAUCUAAGCCACAAUUUGGAGUCCCUUUUCAGAAGAAUCUGAUUACUACUACCACUACUCACAUAUCUAUGCCUAAUUCCUUUGAAUAUUCUGCUUAUUAUAAUCAUCAUCCUAAUCCAGAUUAUGACCUUCUAUACUUGAUGAGUACUGGUACUAGAAAUGAGACAUUAUUUGCUAUGACAUGUAAACAAAUAAGCUCUAAUCCUACAGGAAUGGGGAUCACAAAUAAUAGCAUGGAAUUGGCAGGUGGGAUUGGAAUUGGAGAGUUCUGGGAGAGUAAUUUCAUUAAGAAAGAAGAAGAAGAAGAUAUUUUCAAUGGGAAAAUGAGUUUUUCCAAUGUGCUUGUUUCUGAUUUUGGGAAUGCAAAAGAUAUUCCAACUCUGUUGGAUGAUUCUGAACAACAAGUAGAACAAGUGGAGCAAAUUCCAGUGCUUUCAACAACCACAACAACAACACCACCAGCACAAUCAGAGAAGCAAGAAAAGAUAGACAUUUUUGGUGAAAAAAGUGGAGAAACCGAGCUGUUUGACUUCACAAAACAGUCAACUGUAGUUUUCCGGGAUGAGGAUUUGGAUGACUUCUGGUAAUUAAUUAAAUUAGUUACUAGCUAGUUGCUCUUAAUCCAACAAUCUAUUUAGUACAUGAUAUGCUUUUAUAAUAAAUUAGGGUAGUUUCAUUUAGGGUUUUUUAAUUUCCCUUUUGUCUUUUAAGUUGUUGAUCAACUAGCUUGGACUUUAAGAUUUGCCAAUUGCCAUGAACCAAAAAAGAGAAGCAUGAGUUGGUAAGGCAAAGCGAGAACGCUAACAAUCUAAUGUUGUUGUCGAGUUUGUAAAA